GAAGCCUCAAUUUCUGUUGAGCUGAUCCUUUGGCGGUGCUUUUAUUCACCGUACUUUCGAUCCAGAUUAUUCAGAUGUCGAUAUGGAGGGGCAAUACGGAAGCCCUUGACUUAGUUACGCUGUACCGUUAUGAUUAUUAAUCGGCCCGGCCAAUUUGGCCGGCGUUCUUCAUCAGCAAGGGGAUAGCUUCAGCAAACUCGACCUUCUCAUAAUCUAGGCUGUCGUUAGUUUGAGGCCACUAUUGACUGUUAGACGCACGAUGGAAGUAAACUACGCCAUCCCUGUUCACCUAUGCUCUUUAUGUGGCAAGCCAUUCACUCAAGAAAGACAACAUCGGCGACACCAAGCUUAUUGCCGAAGAAAUCAAAGCCGACUCCGGACGCGGCCUCGCUCUUGUAGAGCUUGCAACCAGGCCAAGAUCAAAUGCAACUUCCGAGACCCAUGCAAUCAGUGCACCCGCAAGGGGUUGGAUUGUGUGUAUGAGCCAUCUCGGAAAGAGCCGGUAGCAAAUGAUGCUCCUAUUACGAUCAGUGACUUCUGGGCUAGCCACAGCACUCAUGGCUUAGAGCAGGUCUCUACCUCGAAUCUUUUGGGACAUGGACUUGAUAGGGACUCGCUUGGAUUACUCCGCCCAGGAGAUAUGCCUGACCUUGAUAGCGAUGGCCUUUUUACGAUGCCAGCGACCGAAUUCAAUUGGGGCGGCUCCAGGCAUAAGGAGAUAAGCUCUGUGGGCGAUCUGCAGAUGCCAACAACUUUUUCAUCGGAUUUGGAUACUUACAUGUCCUUAUUACAAAGUGAUGAUUUGGAUCUCACCUCAGAUACUAGCACUAGCAAAACCCUGGAUUUAAUUCUUCCGGCACAAGUAUCAACACCUUUAUCGAUUCCUAGUACGGAGAUCUCGACCACGAGGGUCCAUUUCAGUCGAAACAAGAUCGUAACCCCGGCACAACAACUAUUCACGAGCAUGCUUGUUGACAUGAUUCGCGCAUAUCCCCUCAUGAUGACUCGACGUGAAACGUUUCCCCCUUUUGUGCACCCUCACUGUUACCUCUAUGAGGGAUGUGAUACAUUUCCUCAAGUAUUGACGAAUUGUAUGGGCAUUGCACAAUUGUUCGUUUCCCGGACGGAUGAUACUCGGCCGUUUGUUUGGACCACCGUGAUGGCUGAAGUCAGAAGUGUUCUGACCAAGGUAAUUAUCUGA